CGGCGUUCAGACGUUCACGUCGCAAAACUUGCCAGGCGUUGCGUACGACCACCAAGUCCAGCAAAUACCCUAAGCUUUUCCCUCUCUUCACGACUCCUGCUCUGUAGUUCGUUUCAAUCUCGCCCAUUCAUCGAAGCAAAAAUCGCCUCCAAGGACUUCCCCGCCUAAACCGGAUUCGCCUACACAGACACCCGAAUUGUCGCCAGGGACUGUAUAUAUUGUCACUCUUCCAGCGUUCUCUCUGACGAUAGUCGACCACACAAGAGCAAAGGUCUUAGAGGGUCUUACCAACUAUGCCAUCAUCUAUUACACCGUCGUCAUUAGCGGGCACCGGGCGAACUUUUGAGAGAUGGGCUGAUGCCGCCAUGGUAGAUCCGUUCCUCGCGUCCGUUAGGCCUCCUGCAAUCGAGGAGCAAACAGAAAAACUCCUCCGUCCCCAACUCCCAAAAGCUCUACAGGCUGACCUCAUCUCAGUCAAGGAUAGUAGCAAUGAAACUCCCAGGAUGAAAGAGCUUGCUGAAGGUCUCUUGCUGUCAUUCCAAGGACAAUUUACAUCGGACGUUGACGAAUAUAACCUCCGAGAUGGAUGGAGAGGGCUUUUAGAUCUGCAGAAGAACCUUUGUUUCGUUGUCAGCAAGGAACCCCGUGUCAAUGAGGCCACAUCCCGCUGUAUUGUAGAUGGUCUGUUGACACAGAUUGUAAGAGAGGUUGCGGAGAGGCAAGAGGCGGAUACUAUAAGAUAUGACCACGAAGUAAUGACUUCGAUGAGCAAAACAUACUCUAUAAAUGCGCCGGUCGGUAUCUCCCCGAACAUGAUAAGCGACGGUCAGGCUUCCUAUAUGUUGCCCGAACAAACUAGGAGAGCUAUUAAAAAGUUUGCAAACGAUCACAAUGUCCUGGAGGAGGUCACUAGCUCUAGCGAUCGUGCGGCACAUGUUUACCGAAUUUUCCUAUGUAUGCUGGCGAUCGAAUUCAAGGCGAACAAUGAGGAAGUUGCUUACCGCCAGAUCCUCAUGGAUUUUGCCGCCCUUCUUCGGCACCAACGAUUACUUGGCUUCACGCAGGAGUAUCUUAUGGGCAUUACAGGCUUCCGUGCGACGCAUGGUGAUGCUUAUAGCCUAAGAUUUUUUCUUGGUACCCUAGAUGAUCAGGGAUACGUGCGACACUGGGACAUCGGAGCACUGAACAUCCUCAAUCUAGCUGAUUUGCUCCGGGCUUAUUUCUGGAUAUCUAGCAACAUCACUCAAUUCGUCGUCAAUGCGGCGGACUGGCACUUUGAUGAUACUACGCCACGCGAUCUCGAGAAACUUGUUUGGAGAGCUCGACACACUAGUAAACAGUGUUCGCACAAACACCAUCACAGUACUGGAGGCGGUGACAAUGAUAUGAGUAUGGAUGAAAUGAUUGCCUCGGAUUCUGAAGCUGAGUCUGAGUGGAUGGAGAACGACUACGGAAGGAAGACGCAUCAGAAUGGCCGCCCACACAACGUCCCGUACUACACUGCAUCUGAACUGAUCGGUGCAUCGACUAAGGAUAAGGAACGUGAAAAGGCUGCUUUUGAAGCGAGAGAACGGAUACGCGUGCAGCAGGGGGAAAUGCCCCCUGAUUUUGUGAUGCGGCGAUAUAUGGAUUCCAUAUCGAGGGAUGGUGGUACGUCGUUUUCGGUAGACGAUGUUUGAGCUUUGCCCGUUGUGUCUUGUAUUUCUUAUUUAUUUUGGUCUAUGGCUGUCUAGCAACUUCAAUGUCGAACAUGCUAGGGCAGAAUUGACUGUAUCAAGUUGAGUCUCCUCAGGUCCAUGU